AGUUGGGGAGCCCAGAGAGGGGCGCGGGAAGGUCCGGAGGCGGCGGGCCGGGCUGCACUGGGCGUGGGGCGGCGGCGAUCCAGCCGGGGCGGAGCCGGGAGUCCAGAGCUGCGUCUCAGAGGCUGAAGCGCUCACAGUCAUGGGCCGGGGGUCCCGGGAAACUCGGGGGUCGCGGGCGUUGCUGCUGCUAGUGCUGCUACUUCCGUGGCCGACGCGAGGGGCCGGGGCGCUUGCAGGAGACAUUCCCGGAGAGCCAGUCACCCCCCGCUGGGUCCUGGAUGGACGUCCCUGGCGUGAGGUCACCCUGGAGGAGCCGGUCUCAGAGCUAGAUGUGGGUCUGGUGGCCUUGGAGGCUGAAGGCCAGGAGCUCCUGCUUGAGCUGGAGAAGAAUCACAGGCUGCUGGCCCCGGGAUACACAGAAACCCACUACAGCCCUGAUGGGCAGCCAGUGGUGCUGGCCCCCAACAACACGGACCACUGCCACUACCACGGGCACGUGAGGGGUUUCCCUGGCUCCUGGGCUGUCCUCAGCACCUGCUCUGGGCUGAGCGGCCUGAUCGUGCUCAGCAGCAAUGCCAGCUAUUAUCUCCAGCCCCGGCCACCUGGGGCCUCCAAGGACCCCUGGACCCACAAGAUCUUCCGGACAGAGCAGCUGCUCAGAUGGAAGGGGACCUGUGGCCACAGGGACCCCAGGGGAAUAAGGGGCAUGGCUGGCCUUCCUCAUGUCCCCCGGAGCAGGGAGAGGCGAGAGGUUCGCAGGAGCUGGAGGUACCUGGAGCUGUACAUAGUGGCUGACCACACCCUGUUCUUGAGCCAGCACCGGAACUUCAACCAAACCAAACAGCGUCUCCUGGAAGUCGCCAACUACGUGGACCAGUUCCUCAGGACUCUGGACAUUCAGGUGGCACUGACCGGCCUGGAAGUGUGGACGGAGCAGGACCGGAGCCGCGUCACGCCAGACGCGAACACCACGCUCUGGGCCUUCCUGCAGUGGCGCCGGGGGCUGUGGGCGCAGCGGCCACACGACUCCACGCAGCUGCUCACGGGCCGCGCCUUCCAGGGCGCCACCGUGGGCCUGGCGCCCGUCGAGGGCAUGUGCCGUGCAGAGAGCUCGGGAGGCGUGAGCUCGGACCAUUCGGCGCUCCCCAUUGGCGCAGCAGCCACCAUGGCCCAUGAGAUAGGUCACAGCCUCGGCCUCAGCCACGAUCCGGAUGGCUGCUGCUUGGAGGCCACGGCGGAGCAGGGCGGCUGCGUCAUGGCAGCGGCAACGGGGCACCCGUUCCCGCGCGUGUUCAGCGCCUGCAGCCGUCGCCAGCUGCGCGCCUUCUUCCGCAAGGGGGGCGGCGCGUGCCUCUCCAACGUCCCCGACCCCGGGCUCUUGGUGCCGCGGACGCGCUGCGGGAACGGCUUCGUGGAGGCGGGAGAGGAGUGCGACUGCGGCGCCGGCCAGGAGUGCUUGGACCCCUGCUGCCUCGCCCACAACUGCUCGCUGCGCGCCGGGGCCCAAUGCGCACACGGGGAGUGCUGCGCGCGCUGCCUGCUGAAGCCGGCGGGCGCACUGUGCCGCCGAGCCGCGGGCGACUGUGACCUCCCUGAGUUCUGCACGGGCGCGUCCCCCUUCUGUCCCCCCGACGUUUACAUACUGGACGGCUCGCCCUGCGCCAGGGGCCGUGGCUACUGCAGGGAUGGCGCGUGUCCCACGCUCGAACAGCAGUGCCAGCAGCUCUGGGGGCCUGGCUCUCGCCCAGCUCCGGAGGCCUGUUUCCGGGUCGUGAACUCCGCGGGAGACGCCCAUGAGAACUGUGGCCAGGACAGCGAGGGCCGUUUCAUGCCUUGCUUACAGAGAGAUGCGCAAUGUGGGCAGCUACAGUGCCAGGACGGGGAGCGGAGCCCGCGCGCACCACACGCAGUGCGGGUGGACUCCUCCGUCCUCCUAGGCGGCCGCGAGAUAAUCUGCAAAGGAGCCCUGGCGCUCCCUGGCGCCCAGGUGGAUUUACUUGACUUGAGCCUUGUUGAGCCGGGCACCCAGUGCGGGCCUAGAAUGGUGUGUCAGGACAGGCGCUGCCAGAAUGCCACCUUCCUGGAGCUGGAGCGCUGCCUGACCACGUGCCACGCCCACGGGGUUUGCAACAGUAACCACAACUGCCACUGCGAUCCGGGCUGGGCGCCGCCCUCCUGCGAGAAGCCAGGGCCCGGCGGCAGCGUCGACAGUGGCCCGGUGCAGCCUGAAGACAGCGACGCCUUCCUGUUGGCGGUGCUCCUUAGCUUCCUGCUGCCUCUGCUCCCCGGAGCCGGCCUGGCCUGGUGCUAUUACCGGCAACCGGGAUCCUGUCUUCAGCCGCGCCUGUGGGGCUUGCGGAAGGGCCCCGCGUGCUGUGGGCUCAAAGCUGGCCCAUGUGGGGACCACCCCCUGGGCAGUGUUCACCCCAUGGAGCUGGGUCCACCAGCCACUGGAGUGCCCCGGCCCCUGGGGACUCCUGCCCACUGUGACUGUGGCACUUGCCCUCCACCCCUUGCUCCCCAGACCUUGAGGAUUCUGCCAGAGCCCAGCAGCCACCCUGAGAAGGCUGUGCCCCGUAGCCUUGCCUGCACCCCAAGCAGGUCAAGUCCAGAAGCCAAGAUCCUGUCUCUGAUGAGAGGUGGCUCCUGAGCUGAGAAGACUUAAUGACAGGCAGCCUCUGACACUCACUCCAUGAGCCUGGACCCCCAAGGGCAGAGCCAGUGGGUCACUUGAGCUCCACCCCACCCACUCCAAGACCCCAGAGCCUCAUCAGGAGUUGCCGCAUGGUGUCCCUGCCUCCUCAGGGCUGGCGGAUCCUGUCAGGGUACACCCUCCAGCCCAAGAACCCAUCAAACCAAGGAGCAAAGGUUAUGUAGUGUCUGACCCCCUCACCGAGCAAGACUGGGUCAUGCUGGGCACCUGGAAAGCCUCUUUCCUGGGAGCCUGGGAGUGUCGGCUACGUGUGCUUUACCCAGAUCCAGUUCUGCAGAGGGCAGUGAUGGCUGGGCCAGAAGCUGGGACUCCAGGGGCCCUGCAUUUCAGACUGAGGCCAUAAUUCCCUGGAGCCCAGCCCCCACAAAACAACAAAAAACUUUGGAACCCUCCUGCCCUGUUUUAGCCUCUGGAUGCUUUCUCAGCUCCCAGCCCCAUUACUAGUCCUCUACCAGAGGUUUUGGGGUAUCUGGGAUCUGCUGCAGCACCGUUAUUUUGGACAUUACUCCCUGGGGAGGGGACAGAGGGAGCCUUUGUAGAAGGGACACCAGAGUCAGAAGAAAGAUGUGUUGCUUUGGG